AUGGGUAUACAGAGAGAAAGAGGAGACACUCCAGGAAGACCUGCAGGUGGGGAGUACCAGGUUGAAACCAAGGGCACCUUCCUGGAGGAGCUGCUGUUUGAGCCAGCUUUGAGAACAGGUGGGGACAGGACUGGAGAGGAGGAGGGGGUCCCCUAUGAGCACAGACUGGCCACCACCCCAUCUAACACCCCCACAGCGCCUCUGUGGCAUCCCUGUCCAGUCCCUGUCACCACCCAGUUUUUCCCUCUGGACCCAGGAAUUCAAAGUAAGCAAGGAGGUCCGCUGCUCCAGUUGGCUGCAAAUAAUUACAACUUUGAGCCCAAGCAGCACUUUGGGUCCUGGUUUGGGACCAUGAAGCGGCUCGGUGAGACUGAGAGCUACAACCUGUCAUGCCAGCUGGAGGCUCCAUCCCAGUUGGCUGGGAGCACAAAGGCCAGGAAGAUAGACAUCACCCACCACAGGGGCCAGUCGGGGCCUGAACCAGGGCGGACAGAGGUUGGCUGCCUUGGGCUAUGGCUGUAUCACAGAGAUUCCGUUUAUUUGACUGUAUAUGAAAUUCUUGGCCUCCUCGGCAUUGCGCCAUCAAAGACAAAGUUGUCCUCCCACUUCUCGUCCUGCAUUGCUGCCAUCACAGCUCUCAGCACUAAAAAGGGCUCAGACUCCUCCAAAGAACAAGUGGCCAAUUCGAGGGAAUCCUCCCCGUUACCAAAAGAAGUAAACGACCGUCUGAGAGCCGCUGCCAAGUCUCCUGAAUCCCAGAAUCUCAUCGACGGCACAAAAAAACCAUCCCUAAAGCAACCAGAUAGUCCCAGAAACAUCUCAAGUGAGAACAGCAGCAAGGGAACCCAGUCCUCUCCUGCAGGAUCCACACCAGCAAUCCCCAAAGUCCACAUAAAAACCAUUAAGACAUCUUCUGGGGAAAUCAAGAGAACAGUGACCAGGGUAUUGCCAGAAGUGGAUCUUGACUCUGAGAAGAAACCUUCUGAGCAGAUGGCUUCUGUGAUGGCCUCUGUGACAUCCCUUCUGUUGCCUCCAGCAUCAGCCACCGCCGUUUCCUCUCCCCACAGGGUGCCUCUCCAGUCUGCAAUGGUGACCAAUGCAGUUUCCCCUGCAGAGCCCACCCCUAAACAGGUCACAAUCAAGCCUGCGGCUACUGCUUUCCUCCCAGUGUCUGCUGUGAAGACAGCAGGAUCCCAAGUCAUUAAUUUGAAGCUCGCUAACAACACCACGGUGAAAACCACGGUCAUACCUAAUGCCUCUGUCCAGAGUGCCAGCAGCACCAUCGUUAAAGCUGCCAAUGCCAUCCAGCAGCAAACUGUCAUGAUGCCAGCAUCCAGCCUGGCCAAUGCCAAACUUGUGCCAAAGACUGUGCACCUUGCCAACCUUAACUUUCUGCCUCGGGGUGCCCAGGCCACCUCUGAACUCCGCCAAGUGCUAACCAAAACUCAGCAACAAAUAAAGCAGGCAAUAAUCAAUGCAGCAGCCUCACAACCCCCCAAGAAGGUGUCUCAAGUCCAGGUGGUGUCGUCCUUGCAGAAUUCUGUGGUUGAAACUUUCAACAAGGUGCUGAGCAGUGUCAAUCCAGUCCCUGUUUACAUCCUAAACCUCAGUCCUCCUGCCAAUGCAGGGAUCACAUUACUGAUGCAUGGGUACAAGUGCUUGGAGUGUAGGGACUCCUUUGCACUGAAGAGUCUGACCUAGCACUACGACAGAUGGAGCACGUGCAUCGAAGUAACAUGCAACCAUUGUACAAAGAACCUCGUUUUUUACAACAAAUGCAGCCUCCUUUCCCAUGCCCGUGGGCAUAAGGAGAAAGGGGUGGUAAUGCAAUGUUCCUACUCAAUUUUAAAGCCAGUCCCAGCAGGUCAAAUGACAGUUUCUCCAUCAAGCAAUACUUCUUCUUCAUCUUCCACUCUUCAGAACCCUGUGAGAGCUGGCAUACACACUGUCACAAAAAUUCAGUCUGGCAUAACUGGGACAGUCAUAUUGGCUCCUUCAAGCACUCCCAGCACCACAGCCAUGCCCCUAGAUGAAGACCCCUCCAAACUGCGUAGACAUAAUCUAAAAUGUUUGGAGUGUAAUGAAAUCUUCCAGGACAAGACAUUACUGGCUACACUUUUCCAGCAGGCUGCAGAUAUGAGUGGACAAAAGACUUGUACUAUCUGUCAGAUGCUGCUUCCUAAUCAGUAAAGAAUCCAUCAGCACAAAUCUCCCUACACCUGCCCUGAGUGCAGGGCCAUCUGCAGGUUGGUGCACUUCCAGACCCACGUCACCAAGAACUGUCUACACUACACAAGGAGAGUUGGUUUUUGACGUGUACAUUGCAAUGUUGUGUACUCUGAUGUGGCUGCUCUGAAGUCUCGCAUUCAAGGUUCUCACUGUGAAGUCUUCUACAAGUGUCCUAUUUGUCCAAUGGCGUUUAAGUCCGCCCCAAGCACACAUUCCCACACCUACACACAGCAUCCUGGCAUCAAGAUAGGAGAACCAAAAAUAAUAUGUAAGUGUUCCAUGUGCAACACUGUGUUCACCCUGCAAACCUUGCUGUAUCGCCACUUUGACCAACACAUUGAAAACCAGAAGAUGUCUGUUUUCAAGUGUCUAGACUGUUCUCUUUUAUAUGCACAGAAGCAACUUACGAUGGACCAUAUCAAGUCUAUGCAUGGGACAUUGAAAAGUAUUGAAGGGCGCUUGGGUGUAAACUUGCUUUUGAGCAUUAAGCCUGCAACUUAUAAUUCAGCAUAUCAGAACAAAGAGGACAGCAAAUCCAUGAAUGGGAAAGAGAAAUUGGAAAAGAAAUCUCCAUCUCCUUUGAAAAAAUCAAUGGAAACCAAGAAAGUGGCCAGUCCUGGGUGGAUGUGUUGGUAGUGUGACCGCCUGUUCAUGCAGAGAGAUGUGUACAUAUCCCACGUGAGGAAGGAGCAUGGGAAGCAAAUGAAGAAACACCCCUGCCGCCAGCGUGACAAGCCUUUCAGCUCGUCCCACAGCCUGUGCUGGCACAACCGGAUCAAGCACAAAGGCAUCAGGAAAGUGUAUGCCUGCUCACACUGCCCAGACUCCAGAGGUACCUUUACCAAACGGUUGAUGCUGGAGAAGCAUGUCCAGCUGAUGCAUGGCAUCAGCGACCCUGACCUGAAAGAAAUGACAGACGCCACCAAUGAGGAGGAAACAGAAAUAAAAGAAGAUGCCAAGGUCCCCAGCCCCAAGUGGAAGUUGAAAGAACCGGUUCUGGAGUUCAGGCCUCCCAGAGGAGCAAUCACUCAACCACUGAAAAAGCUGAAAAUCAAUGUUUUUAAGGUUCACAAGUGUGCCAUGUGUCGCUUCACCACCGAAAACCUGCUGCAGUUCCACGAACACAUCCCUCAGCACAAAUCGGAUGGUUCUUCCUACCAGUGCCGGGAGUGUGGCCUCUGCUAUAUGUCUCACGUCUCUCUGUCCAGGCACCUCUUUGUUGUACACAAGUUAAAGGAACCUCAGCCAGUGUCCAAGCAAAAUGGAGCUAGGGAAGAUAACCAACAGGAGAACAAACCCAGUCAUGAGGACGAAUCUCCCAAUGGUGUCAUGUCAGACAGAACGUGCAAAAUGUGCACAAAAACUUUUGAAACUGAAGCUGCCUUAAACACACACAUGCAGACACAUGGUAUGGCCUUCAUCAAAUCCAAAAGGAUGAGCUCAGACGAGAAAUAG